GGAGAUACUCAAUUGUUUCAACAUAAAUCAUUAAUAGUUAGUGGCUGCAAAUUAGAUACCUUUGCAUGCUGUUUCAUUUAUUCAAGUUCAGGAACCUCGAUGGGCACUUGUGGGAUGAGUUGUCGCUUUUGGGAUCUGUGCUCAUUUCACUCAGCCUCGGGGCCACACACUCUGGGCGCCUUGCCCAGUCCCCACGCGAACAUCUCGACAGCCAUGGGCGCGAUGCCCGAUGCCCUCGAGGGAGCGACGGCAUGGGCGAGUGGCCCGAGCGGCGGCAUCGCAGCUUCUCCUUCCGGCCCCUCCAGGGCACAGAGAGCUCAGAGAUCCUCGUGCAGACUGACUUUUACCAGGACCUCGCCAGUCGAAGCUACGCGGCGGAGGGCGGCCCUCGUGCCUGGUCCGGGCUACUGGCCUUGCUCUUCGCAGCGCCACAGAUGCGCUGGCGCCCGGCGGAGACGGCGCUGCUGCGGAGCAGCACGGUGUGUGUGCAGGUGGGGCGCUGGGAACGUGCGAUUGGCCUUCUACAGCGCUUUUGGACCUGGACUACUCAGGCAGUGCUCGAUCUGGUUACCCAGCAGCAGGCGGAAGCAUCCUUGUGGCAGGAGGCGAUAUUGUUACUCGGCUCUCUUCAAAAUCGAGGUCUACAGACACCGAAGCACAAGACGUACAGCUCCUGGUUCUUGGGCGCGUAUGGGCGUGCAGGCCAUUGGCCUGUAAGCCUGGAAGUCUUCAAGGCGAGCAGUCCACCCAAGGCGCAAGAGCUUCUGAACCAAGUAUCCUAUGAGUUGCAACGGGGCCAAUCCUGGCGUGAUGCUGUACAGCUCCUGGCAAACGCCGCCAAACGCUCCGUGCGGACCUUCGUGCUUGCAGCCGAGAAAGUCAUCACGACCUGUCGACGCUCGAGCAUGUGGCCAGCAGCACUGGCGGUCUUUGGAGCCUUUCUCAGUGAGGGAGCAUCGCCGCGGCACCAGACGUGCUCAGGCGUGCUCCGCGCCUGCGAAGAUGGGCAGCAGUGGAAGCUGGCCGAAGAGAUCUUCGAACAGAUGCGACCACGAUGGUGGUUGCAACCACAUCGAGAAGCUUACAAUCCUUUGAUUGGUGCCUGCCAAAGCGCGAGCGCAUGGUUGGCUUCUUUGACCUACCUGCAGCAAAUGACCCAAGAGGACCUACCACCUGACUUGGUGGGCUACUCGUCGACUGUGCGUGCGCUCUUGCAGAGUCAACGGGAAGACCAGGCGAUGCAACUCCUCAAGGAGAUGCAACUACAGCGGAUGGACACGAGCGAGUUCGCGCCCAUCGUGGUGACGGCGUCGCUGGGCUCGUCCUCGUGGGGGGAGGCCUUGGAGCUCCUGAGCCGUUUACAGCGUUCUGGAAACCCUGUGGAUGCCUGGCUGGUCACGGCCGCCGCACGGGACAGAACGGCUGAAACGGCGCCCUCCGCCGCGAGCUGCUGGCAGCAGAACCUGGCGUUCUUGUUGGAGACUCUUGCAGCCAACCAAUUGGAGCUAGAUUUGCAAGCGCUGAACGUGGCCUGUGGCACCACCGCGGGUUUCAAUUGGCAACGAGCCCACGACCUGCUGAGGGAUUCCUUGAGUGAAAGCCUUCAAAGCGAUGAAGCGACCUGGAGCUCUUGCAUGGGCUUCGUGAAGGCGCAUGCCAAGGAGAAAGAGGGCGGCCUCUCCAAGGGGUGGAUCAUCAAUCGUUUAAUCGAACGCGAACGCCUCCGGGCCAAAGGACAGUACCAGGAGGCUGAUCACCAGCGUCGCUUGCUGCGGACCGUGGGCGUGGAGGUGGACGAUCCCAAGCGCCGUUGGACUUCCAGCGAUGGUCGCCACGGGCCCUGCCCCCGUGCGCACCACCUGCUCGUCGAGGAGGGUCACGAGGUCAGCAGUGUCAUGAAGCGCAGUUGGAUCACCAACCGCCUGAUCGAACGUGAACGAUUUCGGAGAGAUAAGAAGUUCAAGGAGGCGGAAGAGCUGAAUCGCUUUCUGCGUAGCCUUGGCAUCCAGGUUGAUGAAUGCCGGCGCUGGUGGUCCUCCCAGGAUGGUCGUGCUGGGCCACGACCCAAUGCCAACGACUGCAUCAUGCCCGAGGAAACGUCCUGCGUGGAAUGGUCGCGUGCGAUGUGGAUGUUCCAUCAACAACGAGGUGUUUUUCAGUCGCAGCUCUUGCACCGUGCAGCGUUGCACGCGACCAGCCGAGAGGGUGGCUCUUGGAGCACAGCGCUCACAGCUCUCCGUGAGAUGCCUAUGCAAGGCAUCCGCGUGGACAUCAAAUCCUGCAAUGCUGCGCUGCAAACUUGUGGGAAGGGACAGCUGUGGUCCUCCGUCCUCAAUUUGUUGCAAUGGACGCACUUGAGUCUCCUGGAAACGGACCUGGUCUCCUCGGACGCCCAGGUGGGCAGUUACAGCCAAGCCACCUGGUGGCAGCAUGCCAUGAGCCACCUCGUCGCGUCCAGGUUAUCUCGGCAAGUUGAUCAUGCAUUGAUUUGCUAUGGCAUCCAGGUCGUUUCCAGGGCACAGCAAAGAAUGUUGGCAUCCGAGCUGAAGACCAUUUGUGAUGUGGCACCUGCUCGCCAGAACCAGAUCCGACCAUUGACCGCCUCGCCGCCUCGCCAAAAGGACGUGCCACAACUGUGGGGGGGCGUUCGGACAGUCAACAUCAGUUGUUCAGGUUGAAUGCUGGGCCAUGAUGGACUUUAGGGAAACUUCAACGAAUCUCAAAAACUUCCUCACGAAUCUUUGGGGGAAGUACCA